AUAACGACGCUGCAUGGAGGCCCAAUACGAAACCCCCCUCCUACUCACUACUAGUACUAACUAAGGUUUCCAAGAAGAAAACGCUAUAUAAACAUAGUUCGCGCAAUAGUAUAUUAAUGCCUUGCGCAGAAAGCAAAAGGAAGAAGAACUAAAACUGCGUGGUCAUGGGUCGUGUGAUUAGGGCUCGACGUAGAGGUGCGGCUGGCUCCGUCUUCAAGUCCUACACUCACCACCGCAAGGGUCCUGCCAAGUUCCGUAGCCUCGAUUACGGCGAGAGAAAUGGGUAUCUCAAGGGUGUUGUGACGGAGAUCAUCCACGAUCCUGGACGUGGCACUCCUUUAGCUCGCGUCGAUUUCCGACAUCCUUUCCGUUACAAGAAGCAAAAGGAGUUAUUUCUCGCCGCCGAAGGUAUGUACACGGGACAGUUCCUCAACUGUGGUAAGAAGGCGACUCUCGCUGUCGGGAACGUACUUCCGCUUAGGUCUCACAAGCUAUUAAUGACACCACUAGGUCAAAAUACUCUCAACGUUACUUGUCGCACAGGCUAUUUAUGUGAAUUGAUUCUGAAGCUUGUUUCGUAUGGUUAAUGGAUAAUACUAUUGUCAUAUAAUAGGAUUAAGCUUCCUGCAGGUGGAGGAAGAACAGAGAAGCCACUUAUCAAGGCAGGCAACACAUACCAAAAGUACCGCGUCAAGAGAAACUGCUGGCCUAUAGUUCGUGGUGUGGCUAUGAACCCAGUCGAGCAUCCUCACGGAGGAGGAAACCACCAGGUCCAGCACAUUGGUCACGCCAGUACGGUCAGACGCGAUAAAUCUGCUGGUGAGAAGGUUGGUCUCAUUGCUGCGAAAAGAACUGGUCGUCUAAGAGGUCAAGCUGCUGCAUCAGCAGCCAAAGCAGAAUAGACUUGACUUGUGACGCGAGCUUCUCUCCUUUCUUUGAUUUUAUUUUGCUCUACUUUUAUUAAAUUAAAAUUUCAAGAGUUACGGACCUUCAUUUCUUUUUAUUUAAUAAUUCUCUUGGUGUUUAAUGCUUAUUAACUUUGUAUUGAAUCCACCUCUAGAGAAUACAGUUAUGUUUAUUCAUCAUUAUUUUUCGUUUUGUACGUCCAAUUUUAAUUUUCAUUGAUAAUAAAAAGUUGGC